AUGUCCGACACAGAAGCCACCCCCACCACAGCAACAGAGGAACUGGUCCCGGAAGAGACACCCGAAGAAGUAGCAGAGCCACAAGAGGAAGAAGCUGCUGAAGAAGCAGAACCAGCAGAAGUAGAAGAAAUCCUUGAGGAAGAAGACCUCGAAGAAGAAGAAGAAGAAGAGGAUGAAUUGACUGUAGACCUGGAUGCUCUACCCAAGAUGAAAGUAUCAGAGUUGAAGGACAUAUUGAAAGCAUUAGACCUCCCCACAUCCGGUAUCAAGACGACCUUGAUCGAGCGAAUACAGCUUCACUUCGCAGAGGAAGACAAACAGGAAGAAGAGGCAGAUGAUGAGGUUGAGGAAGUUGAGGCUGAAGUGGAGGAGGCUGACGCAGAGGAAAGCGAACUGUUAAAGGAAAACCAGCCUGCUGCUGAGUAUAUUGAGGUUAAGAAAACCGAGGAGACGACUGAGGCUGCAGAACCUGAGAAAGAGCUGACUGACGAUGAUAAGAAGAAAGCAAGAGCUGAGAAGUUUGGUUUGCAGACAGACGACGAGAAGAAAGAGGUACGGGCAGCUAAAUUCGGCAUUGACACUGAUACCGCCGUUGAAGCUAAAAAAGAGCAACGUGCUGCUAAAUUCGGUGUUGCAGCAGUAACCAAAACAGCAGGGGCAGACAAGAAAGCAGAACGAGCAGCUAGAUUCGGAAACGGAACUACCACCACCACCACCCCGAGCAACAACAAGUUAUCAGUAUCAAGCGAGGAUAAAACUGUUGAAACCGAGAAAAUGAAGAAGAGAGCCGCGAGAUUUAAUCUGGACUCUCAACCAGCCGCCAAAGCGGUUAAACUAGACGAUAUUUCAGAUAAGUUGAAAGAGAAAAUAGAGGCUGGAUCCACUAAGGUUGAUCUGAGUGCAGCCGGUUUGAGUUUGGAAGAGAAGAGGAAGUUGAGGGCCCUCAAAUUUGGAGCCUAAUUUUGUUCUUAAAUUAUUCGACUUGACAUAUUUCCCAUAAUGCUACAGUUUGAGACCAACAGUUUUUUAAAAGCUUUAUCCAGGUCUUGAUUGCAUACAAUAUUGUUUAAUGUAAGCUGUAAAAGUCAGAUGACCUGAUGAACUUUACCAUUUUACAUUUAAGAGCGCUAUUUUUCAGCUGAUCGAUCGAUAAUGAACAAAACCGGAUGUUAUAUUUGUUAUUUUUACAGCAGAUUUA